AUGGCAACGCCAGCGACAUUCCCCAACCCUACACGGGAAGCACAGGGCCUUCAGAAUGAGAGGGCCAGCGAAGCCUAUCAGCACGGACAAGAUGCCGACACAUACACCGCAGACGUAGAGAAAGGCGCACAAAGCCAAGCACUAUCAACACACACUGACAAAGGCACACUGAGCGGCGACGCAGCUGCACAAGAGGUACGAGAUUCGAACGUCGUCGACUGGGACGGACCAGACGAUCCUGCAAAUCCUCUCAACUGGCCAGCGAAAAAGAAAUGGUCCAUCAUCGCCGCGCUGGGGGCUGUCACCUUCAUCACACCUCUAGCUUCAUCAUUUUUUGCACCUGGUGUGCCGCAGGUCAUGCGUGCUUUCCAGGAGGAGUCCAACCUCAUGGCUACGUUUGUCGUGUCAGUCUAUCUCCUCGGAUUCGCCAUUGGCCCCCUCGUCAUCGCACCCAUGUCUGAGAUGUACGGACGCGUGCCCAUCUACAACAUCUGCAACGUUCUCUUCAUCGUCUUCAACAUUGGCUGCGCCUUGUCCCGAUCCAUGGGCAUGCUGAUUGCUUUCCGACUGCUGGCUGGCUGUGCUGGUGCUUCCCCGUUGACAUUAGGUGGGGGGACGAUCGCCGACAUGUUUCCCCCGCAACAACGCGCUGGUGCCAUGGCCAUCUACUCCAUGGGUCCUCUGCUUGGUCCGAUCGUUGGUCCCGUGUGCGGUGGAUUCCUCGUCGAGUCGCUCUCCUGGCGCUGGGUGUUCUGGAUCCUGGCCAUCUUCGGCGGCGUCUUUGGUGUCUCUCUCGCUCUCGUUGGGCGUGAGACGUUCCACCAAGCUAUCCUGGACAAGAAGGUGGCUCGUCUGCGCAAAGAGACGGGCAACAUGGAACUCCGCUCGAAACUCAACAACGGUCUGUCACCCAAGGAGGUGUUCUUGCGCGCCAUUGCGCGCCCCAUGAAGAUGCUUUUCUUCUCGCCUAUCGUGUUUCUCAUGUCGCUGUACAUCUCCGUGAAUUACGGUAUCUUGUACCUGUUCUUCACAACCAUGACUUUUGUGUUUGAAGGACAAUACCACUUCUCUUCCGGCGCCGUCGGGCUUGCGUAUCUGGGUAUGGGCGUCGGCAUGAUCCUAGGCAUGGGCGUGCUCGGAACAACGUCAGACAAGAACAUCAAGAAGCACCAGGCCAAGGGCAACGCGAAGCCCGAACACCGUCUUCCCAUGUUCCUCACCAUCCCAGGUGCUGUCAGCUUACCGUUCGGUAUCUUUCUCUACGGCUGGACGACUUACUACGGCGUACACUGGAUCGCACCUAUCAUCGGCACAGCCUUCAUCGGCGUAGGCAACCUCACCGCCAUGAUGACCAUCCAGACCUACCUCGUCGACGCCUUCACCGUGCACGCCGCGUCCGCCAUUGCCGCAAACACGGUCCUGCGCUCCGUCUUCGGCGCCGUGCUGCCCCUCGCCGGGCUCGACAUGUACGAUAAGCUCGGCCUGGGCUGGGGGAACUCGCUGCUUGGCUUUGUCGCGCUGUGCUUCAUCCCCGUGCCCGUGCUGUUCAGACUCUACGGAGAGCGCAUCAGGACGAAUCCCAGGUUCCAGGUGCAGUUCUAG